GUGACGUCACAUAAUUAGAGUAAAUACAAAGUAGUCUUGAUGGGACAGCGGCGUGCGCCGCACCGUGAGUCGCUGGUCCGCGCGCGUCAAACCUAUAUCGCUCUGAUACACGCACACCCGCGCUCCCGCGAGCAGGGCCCCCGCGUCGUCGUAUAUCCGCGCGCGCGUUAUGUGCCGUCAGUGUGUGCGCGCACCAAGGGAUUCUAGAUGACUGUGGGAACAGUGAGGUGACACACUCGCAAAGCGUCAAAGAAAUGGAAAAGAUCGAGAUUCCGCACUCUCGCACCAUAAUUAGUUUCGUAGGUCUACAACGCUGUACGGGCCGUCGUAAACUUUAAUGAAGACGGCAAUUGACGAUUUACGAACUCGCGGAUCAUUACGUCCGACAUGACGGAGCCGCUUUGUAGCAUCGACAGCCACCAGAUGCGACUUUGAAAAAUCCCUCGUCCCGGAAAUAUGAAACUUCGGUUGCCGUCAGGAAUCAUUAAAAAAUUCCAGGAAUGACGACCGAUGCACCAGCGAGACUCCACAUAAACUUACUGGGCGGUGCUUGCUUCAGCCACGGCCCUUACACAUUUUAUAAGGCGGUGAGGAUAGGUAACAGCCGUGUCCUUCGUCUCGGCAGUUUCUUCCUGACGAAACUGUGGAGCGAUGCCGACCUCGUCAGCAUCGGCGAGCUUCAGCUACUGUGGAUGGACAGUCGUGGACCGAAUCAGCCGCUGGCGUCCUUGCGGCUGUACUUCUUACCUGAGAACACGCCGGACGGCAGGAGGGACACGCACGGAGAGGACGAGGUGCUGACGAUUUCAGAGAAGGUGGUCGUCCGCGUGCACGACCUCGCCACGUGGCUCUCGCCCACGUUGGAGUGGUCAUGGGGUCGGGAGGUGUCGUAUCCGACGACCCCGACGUCGUCCCCGGAGACCAGCCCGCUGAGAUACGAGAUGCCGCAGCCGCAGGUGCUGACGAAUCCGGGAAUCGACUUCUCGGACGUCGACAAGCAGCAGAAGGAAUACGAGAGCAACGUGAACUCGAUGAGGAGGUCCGAUUGCGGCUCCCAGACCAAAGUGGUGGUGCUCUCGUACCCCAGGUAUUGCCGGUAUCGCUCCCUCCUGCGCAGAUUGGAGGGUGCCGAGCCCUCCUGGCUGUGCUCGUCCAUCGCAGCCGCGGUAGGCGGUUUCACCGCCACACCGGGAACCAGGGUCCUCUUCUGCAGGGAUACCUUCGACUACCCUGACCUCGAGACCCACGAGCUUCUGUGCAACCAUUUAGCGCCGAAAUUGAAAGGCAGACCGCGAAGAAAGCGCAAAAAGCGCAGCGCAUCGCCAGGUGAGUCCUCGAAUGAAAGCGAGGCCUCGGUAGCAUCUACGUCGAAGAGCACGCCGGCGAUGAGCACCAGCCUGGUAAUACCUACGGUUGGCAGACCCUCGUCCGCAGUACGACGGAGUGAAAGAAAGAUCAGCGCCGAGGAGAAGAAGUUUAUCACCGACGUGCAAAGUUUUAUGAACUCCCGGGGUACGCCGGUCGGAAAGAUGCCACUGCUCGGCUACAGACAGAUCGAUCUAUUCCUGUUCUACACGAAAGUGCAAAUGCUCGGUGGUUACGACUCGGUCAGCGCCGGCCGUCUUUGGAAGACUAUCUACGACGACAUCGGUGGCAACACGAAUUCCACCAGCGCGGCUACCGUCACGCGGAAACACUAUGAAAAGUUGUUAUUACCUUACGAGAGGUAUCAACGGGGCGAGGAGACGAAAGUGAGACUGAACAACGGACGGCGUACGAAGAAUACGAGCGUGUCCGAGGAUUCAGAUGCCAAGGAGGAACCUGGUGACCCGUAUCCGUCGGAGACUCCUCCACCUGUAGAAGCGAUUUCUACAGCUACGACGCCACCUCUGCAGCCAAUAAUGUCCGCGACGGCGACGACGAUACUUUCAAGCGAAAAACCUAAAGCCGAGACCGGCAAGACGUCCUCGUUGCGCAGCGUGCGAGUAAAGCCAGAACGCCUGAAGUCAUUGAACACAAUAAUCGCCAAUAGCGCGACACCUUCCAACCAGCAAGCUAGCCAACUGCCAAGUCCACCUCCAUCCUCCAACACGUCUGUCUCGACGCCCAGCAGCACACCCUCCACGACGCCCACGAUCGGCACCGGUAACGGUAAUCAGAGCGUCUUGGAGAGGCAGCUCAAUAGCCCUUUGAUAUCCCAACAAGUUCCACCAUCGUGUUCGCCACCAGGCCUGCCCGUGACCACCGUAGCGACGAACGCGUCGACCGUCGUUACCCUAACGCCACCACCGGAGAAGGAUAUGAAGGAGAUCAAAUUGGACGCCAAACAGACCACUCUCCUCGCGCAAGGCAAGGAGAACAUACCGCUAUUUGGCGACGAGAAGCCUAUUUUCGCGGACAAAACGAUGGUACCGCCGGUCUCUAGGUCGCCUGAGGUAAUCGACCUCGAGAACGAGGGCGACACGAGCCCUCGCGACAAGAUAAUCAUUCCCAGCUUCAAGAAGCGCAAACUCGAGAUCCUGCGUGAGGGCGGUCUCGAAGUCACCGCCGUUGAUCUAGACGCACGGCCCAGCGUCAUCCAAAGCAGCAUCGGCAUGCCGUCACAGCAACAGCAACCACAGCUGCAACCAUCGCCGGCCACGAUGAAGUCCACUGAGGAGAAGCAGCCGUCAGUCUCUCCGUAUCCGCUUCCGGUGACGCCCAACUCCAUUCCGAAGCUGAUAUCCGUCACCGUGACGCCCGACAUAGGUCACAUGUUGCCGUCGCCGCACGAGCAACAAAAUUACCAAUCGCGAGUUUUGAGUGCGACGAUCAAGCAACAGCCAGCUCACCACAACAACAAUAACAAUAGUAGUAUGACAAACAACAACAUGAUGCACAAUAACAUGAUAAAUAGUCGGGUGAUAAAUCUCGGUAAUUCCAACAACGCCGCAUUGCUGCAGUUGUACGCGAACGCGAACGUUGUACCGCCGACUUCGACGGCAAUCCCGCCCGUGCAGCCCAAUAGUCGCUUCGUACCACCGAGUAUUCCGAACGGCAGAUUGCCAAAGGUGACGCAGUCGCGGUCGAUAUUCGUGCACAACGAAAGGACGGUUUACGGGAAUCCCAAAGAUAUCAUCAACUCCCCGAAAUAUCCGCGUUCGUUGUAUCCGCAUCAGCAUCAGCAUCAGCAGCAGCAGCAGCAGCAGCAGCAGCAGCAGCAACAUCGCUCGCAUCAUCCGCAGAUGGGCGGCAGUCGAGACGAUACCGCGCAAGGAGGUGUUCUCGACCUGACGCAAAAGUCUAGCGAAAAACCAACUUUCCCCAGGCCCAACCUGGAAAUAGUCCGAGUACCUGUGGUGCCAAGGCCUAAUCCGUUGAACUUGGAUAUGCGGAAUUCACCCGCUGCUAAGGACAAACCACCGGACAGACUCGCCGCCGAUUACUCGAAGAGAGUACCUUUCCCCGCGUACCAGAACGUGAUCGACAAUCGAACUAUCGCCUCGAACAAUCUCGAGAUCACGUUAGUGAAUCCCAAGCAGAAGAACAAUCACCUGAACGCACCGUCUCAUGUCCAGAUGCCAAGUCCACCUAACAGAGGUAGCGCGAUGGGGACGAUAAAUAACACGCCAAGGAGGCAGCCGCAUCAUCACAUUAAUGGAAAGUACACGACGAGGAACGAACCUGUCUCACCGUAUACACCAAGAAAGCCGAGUCAUCCCGUCAUACCGAACGUACCUAACUUAAAUCACCUGAAUCACAGUGGAAAUUCAUUCCCUAGAAUACAAUCUCACAACACGAUGCAACAACAACAGCAUCACCACCACCACCAUCACCACCACCACCACCACCAACAACAACAACAACAACAACAACAACAAAUGAGCAUCGACAGGAGAAAAGCUGUCGCGGAGGCAGGCAGGGAUCAACAACAGCGUAGGAUCAGCGAAGGCGAAAAGUCGUUGACGGCGCAACACCAGCAAGAGGCGAGGCAAAGCGAAGUCAGUCGACGGCACAGCUUACCUAGUAUACCAUCGGGCUUUGUGCCGACGGUGCCGCAGAACAAUUCCGUUGCCUUCCCGUUACCGCAGCUGCCAAACGCGCCCGGCAAGUUCCUACCGAUCCUGGAUCCCAUGUACUAUUCCGCGUUCUACAAUGGUUUGUUCCCGUCACCAAUUCCGCCCACGGCUGCCGCCGCCGCCGCCGCCGCUGCCGCGACGCCAUUUCUACCACCCGAGUUUAGCGCGUAUUACAAAGAACUACUCGCUUCCUCGCAACCAAGACUGGGGAUGACGGGGCAGCCGCCACCACCGCUACAUCAACAGCCGGCCGCCCCAACGUCUAAGUAGACAAUGGGAUCUCAACAUGUAGGGUUUCCGGCACUCUGUGUGUGUGUGUGUGUGUGUGUGUGUGUGUGUGUGUGUGUGUGUGUGUGUGUGUGUGUGUGUGUGAGUGUGAGUGAGUGAGUGAGUGAGUGAGUGAGUGUGAGUGUGUGAGAGUGUAUGUGUAUGUGAGUGUGAGGAUACUUUCGAGCACUAGAGAGGACAAGGGGAUCCGUCGGACUUGUUCGCUGUCAAUAAACGUGUAUCCACGUGCGAAUUCGCGAUUAAAAACCAAUAAAAGUGAGGGGAGUGUAUCGUGAAAUUUGAAUAUUGUGAAAAAUCUAUAUGUUCAUUUACGUAAUUUCUACGCAGUUCGCAACGGCGUAGAAAGAAUUCGCAACAUCGAUAAAAUUAUUCACAGUGUUCGUGUACGAUAGGAUAGUCUCUGUCGAAUCUCUGGCAAAGAUUGAACGAGUUGACAAAUUUAAUUAAGAAAUUUUUCAGAUGACGUAUCUUCAUACAUGAUGUAUCACGUACAUAUAAUAUGUUGGUUUCAUUCAUUUGCUCGAGAUUCUAAGGAGAACUAUCGAUAUUAAGAAAGAAGAGAUCCUGUGAUAAAAAUGCGACAGUGCAUUAACGUUAAAAGAAGGCAGAAUAUUAUUAUGAGAAAUUAUUAUUUUUAUAUGUUUAUUUUAUGUAAAUCAUUUAUGCGCGUUUUUGAGUUUCAAUUAGUGUUGAAGGACAAAAUAAUCUAUAUUCUAAUUAAUUUAGGCACCUGCGCGUUCAGUGUAAUGUUAUGAGAAUAUAAUUAUUCUACAAAAACAAUAAUUUCCUUUUUUUUCUUCGUUUAUUAUGGUUAUCAUGAUUCAAGCUCGUCGAGUUUCCUUUUUAUUUUCAUUCGACAAGGCGCAUUUUGAUUUAUUUUCAAUGCACCUUGCGAUACAUUUGACGCAAAAUAAAGAACGGUCGAAAACGGAAAGAAAAGUAACGGCGAACGGUCGGCAGACGGAUCAUCGGAACGCAUAAUUGUUUGCUGUUUAAUGGUAAAUCUUAUGUAGUACGCUCGCGAGAACCCUAUGUAUUGUAUAAGCUAGACAAUUUUCAUUAAUAAUAAAAAAGCAACACUCGUACACAAUCACAUACACACCGAUCUGUAGUCACCUUUAACGAUAAUAAGCGCACGCAUGCAAUGUUCUAGCAGCGAUAUGUAUAUAAUGUAUAUAACAACGUAAAUUCAUUAAGAUAGGUAAAUUCUACGUUAUCUUUCAACGUUUACGUAAGGGAGUUAAGUUCAGUAAAUGUACAGGCUGUCUUGCUCGCGUGGCCAACGAUUGUCGUAUCGCUGUUUCCUGAGAAGAGUUGAGAACGAUAUUUUGCAGGCCAUCUUCGACGAUGCUUUUUAUUAUUCAUUCGGGAAACGUUAAGUGGGGAACUCUUCGUUGUGCGGUAACGUGCGGAUGCGAUAGAGUUUUUUUUUCUUUAAUUCGAGUAGAGUUUAACGAAAUCCUUGUAAUUAACGAAAUUGUUACGCGAUUGCUGCCGAAUGUGAUCGAACAUCGCGGGCCACCGCAAUACUUUGGAGAAAAAUCGAUUAAAGAGGAAAAUUACCAACGGUAUAUCCAUGUUAAAUGUAGUUCUAUUGAUAGAAUUUGUUCGUUUUAGAAUACUCUGAUCAAAAGAAAGGAAAAAAAAUAAAAUAUGAGAAUAACGUUAAAGCAUUCGUAACCUUAAGACGUACAAGCAGAAACGUGAUCCACGUUCGGAUCGUUUUGGCCUCAAAGAAGAAAAUCAGAUUUCUUAUAUCGAUGUCUUUCAAGAGUGAUGAGUUGUCCGCGUUCUUUCGGACGAUUCUUACGUGGUAGACGAAUUAGGCGUUGUGACGACGAUCACGAGACCGUGGCUGAUCGACGACAGCCUUCCCACUGGAAUACCGCUGUAUAAUCAAUAAGUCGAGGAACCGAACCGAUCGCGGUUGCAGCGUGCGACCGCGACGCGACGGUCCGGGCACAGGAUGAACGCAAAAACGCGCUACUGCUGUUGUUAUUUUUGUAAGAUCGCGGCUAAUCUCCGGUAAAACUAAUCUCCGGAGCACGUCGCUUCUCAAAAUGGUGCUAUACGACGAGAAACGCUAUUGUGAGCCUUUUCGAAAAUUUUAAAACGAGACGUUUGUUGAAGUACCAGUGGAUCUCUCCCGCGCGAUCGCCCGAAAGAACUACGACCUUAAGAUUAAAUCUUCACGUCCAAGUCUGAUAACCGUAUACAAACCGAGAGGAAGCUCAGGGGACUCGACGAAGCGUGAGUUCCGGCUGUCUCGCGCAUAAUGGAAAAAACGAACAAAAAUGAAUAUACGGGUCCGUUACGGUUGCGAUUUGGUGAAAUAUCUUGCGGGGUUCGUACACGGGAAGCGAACGCGAACGAGUUAACGAGAAAAGGACGGCAAAGCGGUCGAAUCUCUGCGAAGAGAAUGGCUUUUACGGGAAUACGUGCCAUAAAAACUGAUUAGAUAGCGAUUACAAUGGAAAAUCGAAUACAAUGGCGGAUACGGUCAUUUGUAUUAUGCUUUUGACGAGCCCCUUACGGUUAGACAAACUAAGGAAGGUAGACGCGAAUCGAAGCAAGCAAAGAGGAAUAAUAAUAAAGAUACGCAAAAUUCCGCGUGGAAGAUUUUAUAUGAUUUCUUGUUUAUAUUCUGUUACCGCGGUGUUGUUUUAUAAGUCUUUGAAAGAGUCUUGUUUUUAGCGCGUGUGCGUGUGAGAGAGGUAUGUCGAUGAACGAUGAACGAAUGAGUGAAUCUUGAAGAAUAAUUUGAAGAAAAGUCGACGAUUGUUUUCGUUUUUGCGAGUCUUCUCUUUCAUUUUGUAUACUUGCUAGAGCGAUUUUAGUAUAACCCUCGUUUUCCCACUUUAAUAAUAAUAAUUAUUAUUAUUACGAUAUAAAUAUUUUUUAUUAUAUGGGCAUUUCAGUUCCUAAAUUGGAAAUAAAAUAUCUACUACAAACGCGGCCUUUUUUAAUUAUUCUACAAACAUCUCAAGUGCUCGCCACAUUGUGCAGUCGUCUGCACUGGUCGGAUUGGGCAUCUUUUUAACGUUGCUUUUAUUUUCUCCCAUUUCAAAGCUUAUAAGUCUUUGAUAAGUCUCCGAUAUAAGUCUUUAUAUUGAAAAUCUUGAUACCUACGCUUCCAUCGUGACCGCUAAAAGAGCAUGAUAUGAAUAAUGUUAUUGACAAUAUUUGAAAUUCUCUUUAAUCACUGAUCAUUUUUACCGAGAAUGCUAUUAUAACGGACUUGAAUACAUAUUAAAAAGUAAUUUGAAAAGUGAUUUUAAUGGUCGAAACAUAAUGAUAACGGCCAAUCGUUUGUGGUCAACAUAUCGCAGCAUUGAUAAUUCGACAUCAUAAAAUUAAGAUCGCACGAAGAAAGAGAUACGGCAGAAUUAAAAAACGUUGAAUUGAAACGAUCGUGCGUGAUUUUACUCACGAAAAGUGCGCGCUCUGUGUGGAUACGUCGGCUCGCCAUGGAGAGACCGCUUCUGAUUGGCCGACGUUGUUAUCGGCGCGCAACGUUCAACCGGCGAAACGCGAAGAGAACCACGAAGAAAAAGAAUGACGAAUAGAGCGCAGAGCGGCGGGCGCGCGGAAUGCACGGAGCAUGUGCCGCGAAAUUUAAAAUCCCUUUAACGACGGCUAUAAACCGGUAACCUGUUUAACCAGUCCUGCGCGACGGCGAACGCCGGACGUUUCACCUUCGCGAAAUCGUUCCUAUUCCGUUUUUUUCCGCCGUUCCGUCCAACCCCUCUCCCGUUUCCCUCUCUCGCUCUCGCGCUCCUGGAUGCAGGCGACCUCUUUGUUUCACCUCCAAUUUUGCGUAUCGCCAUCGGGAUAUUCCACACCGUGCGCUCGCGAAACCGCGCUCCGCUUGAACAUUUGAAAUUGAACGCGAAAAGUUCGAAGGGCGAAGGGAAACGCGGCUGCAGUUCCGGAUAUUUCCAACCUCCGAUUUUUAUGAAAUUCGGUGAGAUUGUCUCAAAUACUCUUAAAUGAGCAUAUCUAAAAGAUUUAUUAUAUUUAUUUAUUAUAAAAUAAUGAUUUAUAUUAAGCUAGGUGUCUGUGGAUGAGAAGCGGAGGCACUUUGUUCACGUGCUGUUAUUUUGUAGCGAAUCUGUGGUACAUCUUUAUUAAUCUUCAAGUAUUAAUACAGCGUUCCCGUAUGUGCACUCUGUCGCCCGCGAUCGCCUUGUCUCUCGCGUGCAUGCCACCUUACCUACCGCAUUCGCGGCGUAGAUGCCCAGAGGCAUUAUAUAUUAUGUAUUUAAAUUUAUUUCAACCUUUUCAUAGAUUGUUCUGCAUAACAAGUACGCGUUAGGCUAUCCGCUUCUCACCCCAUCUAAAAUCUAGCCUAAUAUAUAUAUAUAGCCAUUAUCUCAGUCAAUUUUCAAUUGCGCCAAUAAAUCUUUAAAUUCCAGCUUCCCACACAGGGGUGCCUGAAACCCCAAGUAAAAUAAACUAACUAAGAACUAUACUUUCUUUUUCAAAUUUUCCUAUGCAUAGGCAUGUUCCUUGAUAUAUGACGUCGAUGGAAAAAGUGACUUAAAAUCAGUUGAUUUUUUCUUAUAUUUUGAACUAAAUGUUCGACGUGGGAUAGCCUGUACCCCAGUGUGGGAAGCCCGUGAAAAUUGAAAGUGUGGAUUAAAUUUUAUCUUCUUCAUUUAGGACAAUCUCACCCUGGGAAUUUCAUGAGAAUCGGAAAUUGGACCUUUUCGGAACUACUGCACUUCUUGUCGAAAGUCUUCAUUGUAAACGAUAACUAAAGACGGAUUGAAUCUAUCGUUUUUUACACACCUCGUGACGUUUGUCAUCUAUCGCGUAACUGGAUUCAUGGCAUUGACUCUAAUAAAGUUCCAAUUCUAUUA